AUGGCUUCAUUGCCAAGCGGAACGGACAUGAUGUUCAUCACUAUCAUGUUAGUGCUACCAAUCCUCGCAUCUGCACAACCACGCACCAACGUAACUCUUGGGUCGUCCCUCGUUGCAAACUCUGCCAAUUCAACUUGGCUCUCGCCUUCUUCUGAAUUUGCUUUCGGAUUCCAGCAGACCGCACCCAAUGGCGGCUACUUGCUCGCCAUCUGGUUCCAUCAAAUACCAGAAAAAACAAUCAUUUGGUCCGCCAAUCGCGACGAUCUGGCCCCAGAGGGUUCACGGGUCCAGCUUGCAGCAAAUGGGAGGCUCCAGCUCAACGAUCCCAGCGGCCGACAGAUCUGGGCCGCAGAGUCCAGCGCCGCUUCCUACGCCGCUAUGCUGGACACCGGCAACUUCGCGCUCUUCUCCUCUGCUUCAGCAAACCUGUGGCAGACCUUCGACCAGCCCACCGACACAUUACUCCCAACCCAGAUACUCAACCAAGGCGGAGAGCUGAUCUCCAGCUUCUCCGACAAAAAUUUCUCUCGUGGAAGAUUCUUGUUCACGCUGCAGACCGAUGGGAAUCUUGUGUGGUACACUAGAAACUUCCCCAUGAACGACAUCAUCAGAGCGUAUUUGGCCACAAUGACGGUGGGAGAUGGAUUCCGCCUCAUCUUCAACCAAACCGGAUACUUUAACCUCGUUGCGCGAAACGGGACUCUACUCAGCAAUCUCUUCUCGAACCUCGGAGCUUCAUCAACACAGUAUUACCAGAGGCUGACGCUGGAAUACGACGGCGUUCUAAGACAUUAUGUAUAUCCCAAGUCUGAUAACUGGACUGAUGGGCGGCCGAGGGCGUGGUCCGUUCAGGACUUCUUACCUUCGAAUUUAUGCACUCAAGUAAGACAGGAUACAGGCGGCGGUGCUUGUGGUCUCAACAGUCUCUGCUCCAUGGGAAACGAUCAGCGGCCACGAUGCAGCUGCCCCUUGGACUACUCUCCCAUCGAUCCUAAUGACUUGUGGAGUGGAUGCAAGAAGGAUUUCCUUCCGCAUAGAUGCGACGCUGAAUUGCAGGACAGUGAUUUCUUCGUGUUCAAGGAAAUGCCUGAUGCGGAUUGGCCCGACUCCGAUUAUGCACACUUCAGCCCUGUCUCGGAGGACUGGUGCCGACAGCAGUGCCUCACUGAUUGUUUCUGUGAUGUUGCUAUAUACAGAAACGCCGACUGUUGGAAGAAGAGAUUCCCUCUUUCUAACGGGAAGAUCGAUUCCGGAGUUGAUGGAAAGGCUUUGAUAAAGGUGAGGGCCAGAAACGCCACCGUUCCGGAUCCUCUCGGGAGUAAGUCAGGGAAGAAAAACAGGUUAGGUCUGAUCAUAGCCGGUGCUGUUUUGUUGGCUAGUUCAGUGUUUCUCAACGUAGUUCUGUUUGCAUCAAAGCUGUUUUUGGUCGGGAAGAAAUCGAAAAAGGUGGAGGAUGAAGGCAGCAGAGUUUAUCCCGGACUGAACAUAAGGUGCUUCAGUUUCAAGGAGCUGGAAGAAGCCACCGAUGGAUUCCGCCUAGAGCUGGGCAACGGCGCUUACUCAACAGUAUACAAAGGGGUUCUGUUGGAAGAGAAUGGAAAGGUGAUCGCGGUGAAAAAGCUGACCAGAAUGGCAGAUGAUGCAGAUCAAGAAUUCAAAGCCGAAGUGAGUUCAAUCAGCAGGACCAACCACAAGAACUUAGUCCAAUUGUUGGGAUACUGCGCUGAAGGCCAAAACAGGCUUCUGGUGUACGAGUUCAUGAGCAACGGCUCUCUCGCCAACGUCUUAUUCGUUAACAAGUUGAAGCCAAAUUGGCACACGAGAAUGCAAAUUGCAUUCUCGGUUGCCAGAGGAAUCUGCUAUCUGCACGAAGACUGCAGCACGCAGAUCAUACACUGCGACAUCAAGCCUCAGAACGUGCUCUUGGACGAUGCUCACACUGCAAAGAUAUCCGAUUUCGGAUUAGCCAAGCUUCUAAAGUCCGAUCAGACAAGGACGACGACGGGGAUAAGGGGGACGAGAGGGUAUGUUGCACCAGAGUGGUUCAGAAACAUGCCUAUAACCGUCAAAGUUGAUGUUUACAGCUACGGGGUGCUGCUGCUGGAGCUGCUGUGCUGCAGGAAGAACUUCGAGCCGGAGAUUGAGGAUGAGAGAAAGAGAAUUCUUAGCGACUGGGCUUAUGACUGCUGCAGCGACGGGACAGUGGCGGAGAUGGUGGUGGAACUGGAGGAUGAAGAGAUGAUGAGAUUUGAGAAAAUGGUGAAGAUAGCAAUGUGGUGCAUUCAAGAAGAUCCAGAGUUGAGGCCACAGAUGAAGAGAGUUGUUCAUAUGCUAGAGGGCUCAGCUCAAGUCCCGCCGCCUCCGGAUCCUUCUUCUCAACUUCUCUGA